AUGUAUGGCCAGAUUGUUAUUGGCCCGCCAGGUGCAGGUAAGUCAACAUACUGUUACGGACUGUUCCAGUUUCUUUCGGCUAUUGGAAGAAAACUGUGCAUAAUCAACCUUGAUCCAGCAAAUGAUCGAUUGCCUUACCCCUGUGCUUUAGAUAUAAGGGAUUAUAUGGAUUUGGAUGAGAUAAUGGAGGACUUGAAUUUGGGUCCCAAUGGAGGCUUGAUGUAUGCGAUGGAGCUGUUGCUUGCGAAUAGCAUUGAAGAAUUCAUUACAAAAGUGAGGCAGCUUGCAGAUGACAAAAACUACUUGAUUUUUGAUUGCCCUGGGCAGAUCGAGUUAUUUACACACCAUAGUGCUCUUUAUAAGGUAUUCAAAGCGCUCACACUGCAGCUCAGAUUACGUUUAUGUGUUGUUUCGUUAAUUGACUCGAUCUACUUGACGAGUCCCUCACAAUAUGUCUCGAUUUUGUUAUUGAGUCUACGGUCUAUGCUCCAACUUGACUUGCCACAUGUCAAUGUUAUCAGCAAGAUUGACAAGUUAAAGAGUUAUGGUGAACUACCUUUCCGCCUUGAAUAUUACACCGAGGUGCAGGACUUGCACUACCUUACGCCCCAUUUGAUCAAUGAAUCAAACUCGAUCUUGGGACAAAACUAUGUCAAAUUAACUGAAAUGAUAGCAGAGUUGGUUGAGGAGUACCAUUUAGUGUCCUUUGAGGUUCUAUCGAUUGAAGAUAAGCGAAGUAUGAUCAACUUGUUAACCCUCAUCGAUAAAGCCACCGGCUACAGUUUUGGGAGUGAGAUUGGAGGUGACUCAAUUUGGAGUGAAGCUGUACGACAGGGUGGGUUUGCACCCACCGGAUAUCAGGAUGUGGAUAUCCACGAAAGAUGGAUUGAUCAAAAGGAUCUCUACGAUGCAAAAGAACGUGAAUUGGAGAAAGAGUUGCGAGAGAAUGGAGCAGAUUCGGUAGAUGACGUUGACGAAGAGCUCGGCUUUGGUGAGGAAUAUUGA